AUGGUCGCAGCAAAUGUGUUCUUCGUCCUCAUAAUCCUAAGCAGUGAGAAUUAUGAUCGAAAGACUUGCCUCAAGAACGUAUUUGCUGACCUCUAUCUGCCCACAAGGUCGGAAAACACGAUAACAGGCCUGCACUCCGACGACCUGCGCCAGUCAAAUGGUGAUCCAAAUCUUACCUCCCAGCUACGCGCACAUGGUCUCAGUUUCGAUGGCCGUAGCGCCAGUCCACCAGAAUCCCCCAACGUUCCGUAUAAUGAAUACGCCUUUAUCGAGUCGCAGCAAAUUCUCUCGCUUACUUCCGAAGAUACAGCAUUUCUCACAUCCAGCGACAGCUUGAGCUUGCCAGCGUCCGAUGCAAUCGACGAGUUCAUUCACCAGUAUUUCAAGCGCAUCCAUCCAUUAGUACCUGUCUUGGAUGAGGCUGGGUUCUGGCGAAUGUAUCUAGAAAACCAAUCUACCGGUCCCAAAAUAUCUCUUUUUGUGCUGCAAUCAAUGCUUUUCGCUAGCUGCCCGUUUAUGUCUUUGAAAACAUUGCGUCAAUGUGGAUUCAGUGAUAGGAGGGAUGCACGAAAGAAGCUGUACAACAGAGCCAAACUAUUGUUCGAUCUGAGAACUGAAUGCCGGUCUCAUCCAAACGCGCAAGGUGCUGUUCUGCUUACCCAUUAUACCUCUACGGAUGACCCCCAGUCUGGGAGCUUGUGGGUCACACGAGCCAUCGAGCACGCUACACUCAUUGAUGCUGAACCGUCCUUGUUGGCGGAAAAUGUGACAAUGUCGUUGAAGAAACGGCUUUGGUGGUCUAUCCUUCUUCGCGACCGAAGCCUGUGUAUUGGCUUACGCCGCCGUCCUCAGGUGACGUCGAUCAGCCUGCACGGAUGGAGUGAUUGGCUGAGUACAGAGGAUUUCGGUGAAGAGUUGCACCAGUCUCAAGUUUACGAUUAUGACACCAAGAAGGAUUUACUGGAGGCACUUCAGAAGCAAUGUGAACUAGCAGUGCUACUCACAGAUCUGGCAUCUUUGGCAUUUACCCACCAAAAGACUCCAAGACGGCUUCUGUCUAUGAUUGAAUUCCAGGGCAUCCUGUUGAGUAUAAAAAAUAUCAAAAGAUCUCUCGACGAGUGGAAACUGCCCAUCCAGCCUGUUAGUUCCCCAAGCAAGGCAUCAAAGUCGGAAGGAAAUGACGCAGUUUCAAAGUUGACCUACAUGACAUAUAUGUACUACCAGUUCGUGAGCACCAGUCACCCGAUUGUCUUCAAGACUAACCAAGCGGCUGUUUAUCUUAGUGCAGCACGAGUGGACCUGGCUCAGUAUGCAGCAUUUAUACUGGAAGAGAACUUGUUCUACGCGGGAGACGAAUACAACAAUAUGGUUCUAGAGGUCAGUAAUGACCUAAGGGAUGGGAUCGAAGGGUUGAGUCUCGUGAUGGAACAUUUCAGCAUCAAUGGAUAUGCUGAUAGUCUUCCCUUGAGUGUACUUGGAUACCUCAGCAUGCCACUCGUACUGGCGGCUGUAGACCUCAAGCUUUCCCCUUCUAGGAAGGAGGCUGAGGCAAGGCAGCGACGUUUGCACUCACUGAGUCGAAUUAUCCGUCACUCAGAGAUACUUUACGAUAUUACUGAUCGCGUCGCCGUCGCGAUCAACCAUAUGUUGCAGCUGGCUUAUUCGAUAACACAGAACCUCUUUUUGGACAGAAAGCCAUCUCGAUUAUUCUCAUCUGAGAACAUGGUGAGAGAGAGUACUGUAUCCAACAAUCGGGUCCCAGCCAGAGCGACCAGUAAAUCGACACUGCCCAGAUCCAACUGCCCAGAGAGCUGGCAAGAUGCAUUCAUUCGGUGCCCGAGGGCAUAUCUUUUGAUAUCGACGUCUGUGGACUAUACUCUGUCAAUUGGGGAUCUCCCAUCAGCGAACGGCCUUCCUGAAAUUGUGCGUGACCUUCCAGCAAUGGGUGUCAUCACUCGCCUUCCUUGGACAUCUGAUAUUCCGUUCUCCAAAUCCACGCAAUCUCUCGUAAGCCAUAUAAACCAGGUACAGCAGCAGAGCUACCCUGUGAGCUUGCGUUCGUCCUGUGUGGAAUGGAUAGAUGCCUCGGAACGUAUCAGUCAGGGGACUGAGCCGGAGAAGAAGACCACCUCGCAAAGGGUCCAAACCAACUACAACUUGUUACCGGAUGCAUUUUCCGAGUAUUCUGCGACCGCUUCCUUGGCAAUGGAGGAGCAACUGCAAUACAUCGACAAAGUAGCGGAGAAGACGGGUUGUGAAACUACCACACCGAACCUAGAUUUCAUGGACUUUGGAGAUUAUCAAGGGGUGGUAUCACAAAGUGUGAUGGAAACCUGUGCCUUCAGGACUCCAUUCAGACUUACUGGUCACGACCUGCAGGCGGACAUCCCGUUGGAACAACACGUGUUUGACACCUACGGUACCCCCUUACCUCAAUCAAUCAAAGCCAUUGAUUCGACAAUUUUUGACUCGUUCCUUCACGCAAAUUUGAACAUAACCGGGCCUUUCAAUAGUACAGACUUUGGCUGA